AUGCCUCGUGGUCAUAAUAGUAAACUCCGGGCGCGUGAGAAACGCCGCCAGGCCCGGAGUGAAACACACUCUAUUCAGGAUUCUCAGGCAACUACAGCAGAAGAGAGAAAGGAAACUCCUUCUUCCUUUUCUCCCCUUUGUAGUGCUGAUAGCCAAGAUGAUGAGAAACCAAGCACUUCCUGGGCUCUGUCUCCAACUGGUGAUUCAUCUUCAACUGUGAGAGAUGGCAUAGCAGUUUCCUUGGUACAGUUCAUGCUGCGAAAAUACAGCAUGAAGGAGCCAAUAACAAAGGAAGAGAUACUGGAACAUGCCAUUCCCCAGAACAAGGAAGAGUUCUCUGAUAUUCUUAAAAAAGCCUCUGAACUCAUGGUGCUGGCCUUUGGCAUUGAUAUUAAGGAAAUCGACCCAACCAAACACAGAUAUGCUUUUGUCAGCAUACUCAGUCCUAAUGGUGAUGAAAUUCUGAAUGGUGAGACAAUCCAGACCCGGAGUGGGCUCUUGAUGAUGAUGCUGUGUCUGAUCUUUAUGAAUGGCAACUGUGUUAAUGAGGACUAUAUCUGGGAAGUGUUUAAUGUGAUGGGGGUACAUCCUGGAGUUAAUCACAGCAUCUAUGGAAAUGUCAAGAAGCUCAUCACUAAAGAUUUCGUGAAUGAGGGGUAUUUGGAGUAUCGCCAGGUACCCAUCAACGGUUCUCCAUGUCAUCAAUUCUUGUGGGGUCCCCGGGCCCAAUGUGAAACCAGCAAAAUGAGAGUACUUGAGUUUCUAGCCAAGGUUCACAACACUGUUCCUACGGCAUUCCCAUCAUUGUAUCAAGAAGCUUUGAGAGCUGAAAAAGAAAGAGUGGAAGGCAGGUUUGUAGCUAUGAUUCUUGGUUUGAUGGACAAUGAACCACCUAAUCGCAAUUCCAGAAACUCCUCCAAUUGCACUGAAGUCUAA